GUUGAAACGCCUGUGUGUAACAGUAGCUUUCUCCUCUGAUUGCUCGUAGAUAUAUAAGUCUGUUCACGCAGCAGCGAGCCUGUGCAGUGACCGGAGAGCAUCAAAAACUUGGGCGGAGCUAUCAAUUCAGGCUGGCUCGGCCUGCGAUACCUCGUGCACCAUGCUUGAGACUCUGCUGUCGAUGGUCUUCCGUUCUGGCGAUGAUGAGGGAGGUGGGAAUGGAGGAGGAGCACCGCCGGGCAGUCCACCAACUCAGAAGUUUGAGGGACCAUGGUUCUCAACCCAGAUGAUUUUGGCCUUGUCUAUCGGUGUGACUAGCUUUCUCGUCUUUUGCUUUCUCAGGACCAAGUGGGAUGUAGUGUAUAUGGGCCGAACCAAGCUCAAAGACUUUUCACCCACGCCCGCUCAUGAGCCCGAUGCGCAUCAUGGUCGAUUCUUCGGUUGGAUCCUCCCUACUCUCCGUACGAGCGAGUUCACGGUCCUCCAAACGGUCGGAUUGGAUGCAGCUGUCCUGCUCAACUUUUACCGCAUGGCCUUCUUCCUCUUUACACUGCUGGCCUGUCUCGCUGGAGUGGUCUUGAUGCCUCUCAACCUCUUUCGACAUGGUUCCACAGACUCGGAGUAUGAUCCGCCCACUGACGGGGGUAGCGACAAUAGUACCCUCAUUGGCCGCCUUCUGUUUGACGACUCGCCCUCUCGACAGAAUCGGACGAUCCCAGAUAAUCAAUCGGUCUACGACUACCUUCUCGACCCCCAACUCAGUAACACUAUCAACAUGGUGUUCACUUAUAUCUUCACGGCCCUGACGCUCUUGUUCAUCCAUCAGAACUUUCAUCGUUUCAUUCAAUCGCGUCAAUCGUUCGCCCUACACCUUAUUCACUCGGUUCCGUCCCGAACAGUCUUGGUCAAAAAUGUUCCUCCUCAUCUCCGAGGCGACCGAGCGCUAGCGGAAUACUUUGAAGCCUGUGGAUGGAUGAUCGAGUCUGUCAAUGUCUGUCGAGAGACUGAACCGUUGAGGAAACUCUUGGAGAAGAGGACAAACGCAUUGUUGAAGCUUGAACGGGCUUGGGUCGAUUGGGUGGGCAACCCUGCCAACGUCAGAGGACAUGAUCCGAAUAUCUAUGGAGAGCUAGGCAAAGCCAGACGGAAAGGAACAGCCACAGCUUCGCCCGAGCCUGUCUCAUCGUCAAUCGCCGAAGGCAGACUGAUCCCUGAUAUCACGGAUGAAGAGGAACGUCGUGAGAACGGCUCAAGGGAUUUCGCCAACGGUAGGGAGGAGACCGCAGAGACGGAGGAGAUCCGACCCUUGAAUGGCGAGCCGGGUGGAGACCCUGAAAACGGACAGCCUCAUGUACACAUUCACACCACUCGACCCAGACCGACGUUCCGUCCUCGAUACUUCGGUACCAAAGUCGACGCGAUCGAAUAUUGGGAAACCAAAUUUCGAGUGGCAGAUGAGCAAGUGAGACAAGCACGGAGGACAGGGAGUUUCCCCGCGACUCAUGUGGCCUUUGUGACUUUUGAAGAUGUCAGAGAUGCGCAAACCGCCUGUCAGGUCGUGCAUUUCCCUGAACACUCUGAAGUGAUCACUACCAAAGCCCCCGAGCCCCGCGAUGUAGUAUGGAGCCUGGUUUCCAUCUCCCAACGCGAAACGGUCAUGCGACAGCUCGUCGUCUCAACUUUGAUCAUCAUCUUGUUCCUUACUUGGAUACCACCCGUCUCGACGAUUGCAACGUUGCUCAACUACAAUGAAAUCAAGCGUGUCCUACCCUGGUUGGCUCGUCUUAUCGACAGGAGCCCGAGGCUGGAAGCCCUUGUUCAGAACUCUUUGCCCUCGGUCAGUAUCAUCACCUUCAACGGCCUCUUGCCAUUCUUGCUGGGAUGGCUGUCUUAUGAGGAGGGCUGGAAGUCGAGGAGUGCGAUUGAGUAUUCUCUACUGAGGAAGUAUCACUUCUUCCUUCUAGUCACCAUCGUCUUCAUCUUUCUCCUGACAAGCACAUUUUGGGCGCUUGUCAGAAAUCUGGCGAACAGUCCGGCUCAGAUCCCUGAGAAGCUCGCCAAGGCUUUGUCGACUUCUAAUGUCAAGCCAUUCAUGAUCUCUUAUGUCAUUCUCCAAUCAAUGGGUCUGAUGCCAUUGCAAUUGCUCAAUCUUGGUCCACUAUUCUCGCUAGGGUGGGCAAGAUUGACAUCGGUCAAGACGCCUCGAGACUACGCCGAGGCAUAUGCUCCCCCUAUGCUCAAUUAUGGCUGGGUCUAUCCCCAGGCUCUGCUCGUCUUCACCAUAACUUUGACGUUCAGCGUCGUCAUGCCCUUGAUUCUCAUCUUUGGAGCGCUCUACUUUGGUGUCGCCUACCUGGUCUACAAGUACAAAUUGCUCUUCAUGUACUUCAAGCCUUACGAAUCGAACGGUGAGGCAUGGCGCAUCACGUUCCACCGCCUCUUGUGGGGCGUCAUGAUCUUCCAAAUCUUUAUGACUGGUCUUUUCUCACUCCAAAAACCGUACUGGCUGUUCUUCGCCAUGGUGCCCCUCGUCCUCUGGACGCUGUGGUGGUCAUGGACAACCGACGCAGAGUUCAAAGGACUGAGCGAGUACGUUGCUCUGAGCAGUAUAUGCGAGGUCGCGCGUGGCGAAGGCGCGGAUCAGGUCGUGGGAGUGGCGGAAGAGGAUACGGUGACGAGAUCGCAAGCCAACCUGAAUCACCGGAGAUACGCUAUCAACGACGAGACGCUGUACGUUGCGCCAUCUGAUAAACGCACCGACUACUCUCAACCGCCGAUGAACAAUUUCUACUAUGGCGUACUGAACACUGGUCGAAGGCGAUAUGCUCAUCCAGCUCUCACUGGCUCGUUACCGUAUCCUUGGCUUCCUGCUCCGCAAACGCCCAAGAAGUUUGGCGAUGGAGCGGCGAAACGACGAGGGGUAGUAUUGAGCUUGCGCCGAAAGAUGGCGAAAAAGCUGCGCCGAACACAAACUUCAGACUCUGAGUCUGACGCGAGGAUCAUCCCGGAUGGUUGGGCAACGGGAGAAAACUUGUCUGAGUCUUCGAGGCAGGCAAGGACAGACACUCGAUCCACAUCGCAAGAUGAGGGCGAGGAUGAUCGGCCUGACGGUGGAAAGCUCGGAUCUUCCCUUUCCUCCGUCUCCAAUCCAUGGCGAGACCCUACACCUGAGCCUUCCUCCUCUAACUCGUACUCUCGUCCUCGGUCAAAGAUGAAGAAGAGCAUGUCGUUUGAUCCAGCUUCGGGAGUCAUAGCUUUACCAGAGGAAGAAAAUGUGUGGGGGGAUAUGGGCUCAAGCGAGGAUGAAGAUGAAGGUGAGAACAGAGAUGAAGACGAUGGUGUACCACAGUCACCAUCAACGUACUUUCCUCACCCAGAGAGAAAACGGACAAUAUCAGUAUCUGUAUCUGACGCAAAGGCGGCGAGUGAUAAGAAUGGAUCAAGAGGUAAUAGAAGAAAGUGAGAGACGUCUUGUGUCAGUGUGCAAUGAUAUCCCUGAAUCUAUGUAUGUGUGCUUGCAUGCAUGGAUCCCUGAUGACCUACCAC